AUCUCAAAACUCCAUUAGCUCAAAACAAUUAGCAGACCUUCAACAAGCUCGAAGCUCCAACAAUGGCUCGAAUUUUCUGCUACAAGAAUCUCUCUAUUGCUUUUCAAUUGAAAAGGCCAACGACCCAUUUUCAUCCUUCUUCUCUCCAUUCUCAAUCCUCAGCUCCUAUAGACAAAGAAGUUGAAACCCUUUACCGUAUCAUAACAAUAACACAGACACCAGAAGGACUGAAACAAGCACUGAAAUCAUCACAAAUCAAAUUAUCAAACGACUUAAUCGACAAAGUUCUGAAAAGGGUACGUUUUUCUCAUUCAAACCCAUUACAAGCUUUAGAGUUCUUUAAAUAUGCAGAUAAGCGAAAGGGGUUUUAUCAUACUGGUUUUUCUUUAGAUACCAUUUUGUAUGUACUUGGUAGGAGUCGUAAAUUCGAUAAGAUUUGGGAGGUUUUAGUGGAAAUGAAGAGAAAAGAUCAAUCUUUGAUAACCCCCAGAACAGUUCAAGUUGUUUUAGGUAGAGUUGCUAAGGUUUGCUCUGUUAGAGAAACUGUUGAGUCUUUUUGGGGUUUUAAGAGACUGUUGAAUGAGUUUGGUGUUGAUUGUUUUAAUGCAUUGUUGAGGGCUUUGUGUCAGGAGAAGAGUAUGAGUGAUGCUAGGAAUGUGUAUCAUAGGUUGAAGUACAAGUUUAGGCCAAAUAACCAGACAUUUAAUAUACUUUUGUCUGGUUGGAAGUCGUCGGAGGAUGCGGAGGUUUUCUUUAAGGAGAUGAAGGAUUUGGGCGUUGAACCUGAUGUUGUUUCGUUUAAUUGUUUGGUGGAUGUGUAUUGUAAAGGGAGAGAGAUGGAGAAGGCUUUUAGGGUGGUGGAGGAGAUGAGGGAGAAGGAUAUUACUCCUGAUGUGAUAACUUAUACAAGUUUAAUUGGAGGGUUGGGGUUGGUUGGACAACCUGAUAAGGCGAGGCACAUUUUGAAGGAGAUGAGGGAGUAUGGAUGUUAUCCGGAUGCGGCUGCUUAUAAUGCUGCGGUUAGGAACUUCUGCAUUGCGAAGAGGAUCGGGGAUGCAUACAGUUUGAUGGAUGAGAUGGUUAGAAAUGGUUUGAGCCCCAAUGCCACUACUUAUAAUGUGUUCUUAAGGUCAUUUUUUUGGAUAAAUGAUUUGAAAAGUUCAUGGACUUUGUACCAGAGGAUGAAGGAGACUGGGUGCUUACCGAGUACACAGUCCUGUAUGUUCCUGAUCAGGUUGAGCAGGAGACAUGAGAAAGUGGAGAUGGCACUUGAGUUGUGGGAUGACAUGAUGGAGAGGGGAUUUGGCUCAUAUAUUUUGGUCUCUGAUGUUUUGUUUGAUUUGCUCUGUGAUUUGGGAAAGUUGGCGGAGGCAGAAAAAUGUUUCUUGCAAAUGGUAAAUAAAGGGCAAAAACCAAGUAAUGUUUCCUUUAGGAGGAUCAAGGUGCUUAUGGAAUUGGCUAAUAAACAGGAGGCUCUUAAGCUUUUGUCAGAAAAGAUGGCUGCUUUUCGUUCCUCCACACAACUGAUCCAACACGAUAAAGUGGAAUAUGAACAAUCAAGUUGACCUGAUGAAUGCUGACUCAUAUUCCAGUACCUUGCUAUUGUCCGAUGAGUUUUUCGGUCCUCAACCUGAUGCAUUGGUUUGAUUAUGUAGCAGUGGGCUCUUCAAUCAAUAUUGCAGGCCUCUAAUCCAGAACUCAACAAAUGAGUAUGUCCACACAUCCUCAUUUCUGAUCCUAUUGCUCCUGGUAUAUACAUACAUCCAUCUCAGCAUCCUCAUUCCGCAACUUGCAUCUUCUGAACAUGGGAGUUCUUGAUUGGCCAGCACUCCGCCCCGCAAGUGUAUGAUGUAAGCAUGCAUGUUGUGGUACUCUAUUACUCACUUGACAUCUGUUGGAAUGAUCUGGUUUGCAAUCAAUAGUUAAGAGAGUAACAGAACAAGCCGACAAAUCGUUGUGUUGGGGUGAGAUGUAAUUGUGAAGCCAAGAAUUCUAACAAGGCUAUCCAAAGAAAACUGUUACAAUGUCGCAAGUGUGAUUUGAACAAAACCUAAAUCAUUUUAAAACUACCCUUAUCAUUGCACUAAACAGGUUUCUAUUGUCUCGAGGGAAUUCAACGGUUUAUACAUCCACAUGUAAGAAUUUUUACCUAUAUGCACAAUAUUUCAUUGCAAUCCCUUGUUGGCCUUACCGAAGAAGUGAGUUUUUGUGAGCGAUAGUCAACACGCAAGGAGACUGAUUUGUGCAGAAACUGAUAGCUUAUUUCAUCCGACAUAGGCAGUUAAGCGUCAUUUGAAUGCUGACGGUCUGAUUCUACCUUUGUGGGAGCAAUACUAGUUUGCUGAGACUACCUAUAAACACACACACACACAGACACCCUUUUUAUCAGCUUCUGGGUUAGAGUUUACGUCUAAAUAUUGGUUAUUGCAAAAAGUUUCAAUUAGCAGGGUACUUUUGGGGUCAGUGUUGGAACACAGUGGAAAAUGUAUUCAUUUACGGGAACCUCAAAGAGCUCACAGAAUUUGUAUUAUGCUUCCGAAGUUACCAUUGUGAUGUUUCCCUCAUUUGGAUGUUGUCUUGGUUAAAGUUACGAUGCUCUCCCAUUAAACAACUUGUAACUUUGCACAACCAUUUACCAUGCACUCAUUCUCACUAUACAGGGCCUUGAGUCAGUGCGUUAACACAAGGCAAUUCUUCAAUGAUGCAUUUAGCUGUCAAUGACACAAUAGUUCUACCUUCACUAGGUAGGAGUAAGGUCUGCGUACACACCACCCUCCCAAGCCCAUCCUUGUGGAAUUACACGGGUAUGUUAUUGUUGAAAUGACAUAAUAGUUGCCAUUAUAUUGACACCUUUUAUUUCUCAUUUCAGAUGACACCAGACGCACGACAUCUUCUUUCUUUUUGCAAGGCAGGACCAUCCUUGGAAUGAAUGCUUUAGUUUGGAGCCUGCCGCCAUAGUUUGCUUUCCUCAUAACUGAGAAAUUCCAAGGACGCUACGCAGGAUCUGAAACUUGGUAGAUAAUGAGCUCACUUAUAUACCAGGCUUUUAAGCCUCCAUUGGCUCACUUGAUGGUGUUCUAAAGUACUAUAGAGUACAACACAGUUCUUGAAAAUGUUGAUCAACAACUCAGUACUUCCAUGUAUACUAUUUUUACUGGUAAGGCAGUACUUGGACUAAGACUUGUUGUGCUCGUUGGUGAGCGAGACAGAAACCAACCUUGUUAACUUGCAAGCAAGUGUUCAUUGUGAUUGAAAAAACCAUACAUUCGCGAUAUCAUGUAAAAAUCACAUUUUUACAAUGUAGGUUUAAGAUUUGGAUUGAACCAAUAUAGAUUAUUUUGUAGA